AUGGCCCCUCAAGCUGCCGACAAGGCGUCGCCCUACCAGCUCCCGCAGUCCCGGCAUGUGUCCCUGAGCUCGCUCCAAUUGACGCCUCGGGCACGCGAGCUCUCCUCGCGACAAAGCGGCCUGCCGUCGCCCGCGCAGACGCCGCACAGCGCGUACUUCCAGAUCGACGAGCCCGAGGUGGUGCCGGCCAAGUCGUACGACCUGCCGGUGGACCACAAGCAGUUCGACCGGGCCACGGCCAUCAAGCCGUCCAGCAUGCUGCGGCCGCACAUGCGCAUCUUCUACCUGUCGUGGAUGUCGGGCAUCAUGGGCUUCAUCGGCUGGUACGCCAUCCCACCGCUCAUGCCGGUGAUCAAGACGCAGCUCGGACUCACGGACGGAGAGGUGCUCAACUCGGAUAUUGCGAGUACAGCCAGCACCAUCUUCUCCCGCAUUGCGUCCGGCCCGCUGCUUGAUCGGUAUGGCCCGCAGGUAGUGCAGAGCUCAGUGCUCUGGUUCGGAGCCAUCCCCAUCAUCUGCGCUGCAUUCGUCAACUCGACCACGAGUCUGCUCAUCGUGCGGUUCUUCAUCGGCCUGGUGGGCUGCGUCUUCGUCUCCAGUCAGUACUGGACCACCAUCACCUUCGCCCGCAAUGUGGCCGGCACGGCCAACGCCAUCACCGGCGGACUGGGCUUGUCUGGUAUCGGCUUCGCCUUCCUGGUGCUGCCGUUCGUGUACGAGGCCAUCACUUUGGGCGGCCACGUCUCGGACGACCUGGGCUGGCGAAUCACCAUCGCCCUGCCUGCCGUGCUGAUGAUUAUCAUGGGCACUGUGAUCCGCUUCACCGUUGAUAGCUGUCCGACGGGCGACUUCCAGGAGCUCAUGAACACCAAGCGUCAAGCAGAGCAGAGUGGCCGGGCCGCUCCUGCUCGCAUCAGCAUCAGCGCCAGCUCCAGUGUCCUCCCCAUGACGCAGACUGCUGCAGGUGAACAGCCCAAGCCUAUGAGCAUGCUGCAGUCCUUCAAGAUCGUGCUAACAGACCUGAAUGUCCUGGUCAUGAUCGCGCAGUACGCCGCGUGUUUCGGCACUGAGCUACAGCUCAACAACAUGGGCGCGCUCUACUUCUACACGCAGUUCACUAAGAAGGGCUGUACCCCCACCGGUGGUACCCUGUGCUACUUGCUGUCCAAGACGAACGCCGCGACAGUGGCGUCGUCCUUUGGCCUCAUGAACAUGUUCGCUCGCGCUCUGGGCGGCCUGGCCUCCGACGCAGUAAACCGCCGACUGGGCAUGCGUGGCCGGCAGUGCGUGCAGUUCACGCUGCUCUGUAUCUUGGGCGCACUGGUGAUCACUCUGAGUCAAUUGGACUCGCUCGGCUCCUGCAUAGCGCUGUAUGUGCUUGUGGCCAUUGCCGCACAGGCCACGGGCGGGUCCACGUACGGCAUCGUGCCGUAUCUGAACGAGCAGCACACCGGCACCGUCAACGGCUUGGUCGGUGCCGGUGGCAACCUGGGCGGCGUGAUCUACGGCAUCAUCUUCCGUAGCACCACCGGCUACAGCACGGGGCUGCUCUACACGGGCAUCAUCAUUUUGGCCUGCGCUCUGCUCACGCCGCUGCUGCGGUUCCCUCACCUGCAGCAGGAGCAGGAACCGGAGGACCGUCACCACGAAGGCUCCAAACGUUCACACAGCACCAUGUACCUUGAGGACGAACCCUACGAGUAA